AUGGAUCUUCCGAUAUCUCCUAGAGUCGUCAUCGGCAUCAUGAUCUGUCUUGCUGUUGGGACCUUUUACGCCAAACAGUCUCGCAAGCCACGUCUUUCUUUACCACCAGGUCCAUCGGGAAAUCCCCUCUGGGGUCAUCUUCGCAUGAUUCCAAAAGACCAUCCCGAGCGUCAAUUCGUCAAAUGGGGCGAGAUGUACGAUUCUGACAUUCUGUAUUACAAUGCUCUAUCCCAGCCAAUCAUCAUACUCAACAGUGUGGAAGCUGCACACAAUCUCCUAGAUAAAAGAGGGGCUAAUUACGCUGAUCGACCGCGCUUUGUGGUUUUUGAGAUGAUGGGAUGGGGUGUCACGCUCACGUUCCUGCGCUGGUCACCACGGUUCAGACUUCAUCGGAAACUUCUUCAGCAAUCUUUCACGCAGUCUGCCUGUAAACCAUAUCAGCCGAUUCAGCAAGAAGAAGCCCGACGAGCCGUGAAAGCAAUGUUGCGGAAACCACAGGACUGGGAGAAUCUUUUGCGACAGUUUUCCACCGCCGUCGUGCUACGCAUUGGAUUCGGUAUUGAGAUUCAAGAAGAGAAUGAUCCCUAUGUGCAGAUGGCUAUCGAUGUAGAAGAAGCCACCGGGAAAGGCGGGGUGCCUGGCGCUUCCGUAGUGGACUUGGUUCCUAUCCUCCGUCAUCUGCCCAGUUUUGUUGAGAAGGUCUCAACUGCCUUUCAGCCACUAGCUCAUGCUCGCCGCACAAAGCCUUCCAUUCAACAUUUGCACGAUGCACCUUGGGAUUCAACAGAGCCUUUUAUCCGUUCAGGAGCAGCAACUCAGCCUUCUUUCAUGCGUACCCAUUUUGGUCGAUAUUUAUCCAACGAGAGAAACGGCGAGCCCAAUGAGGCGACAAUAGCCGAUCUAAAGGGCGCGGCGGGAGCAAUAUCCAUUGCAGGGGGCAAUACCACUUGGUCCACCGUGAUCGUGUGUAUUCUUAACCUGAUGACCCAUCCGCAGAUACAAGCCAAGGUCAAGAAGGAGAUUGAAAAUGUGAUCGGCGUUGAUGAGCGUGGGAAAAUCCGUCGUCUUCCUCGCUUCGACGACCGACCACAUCUAAGAUAUCUCGAGUACGUGAUCCAAGAGGCGACUCGCUGGGCGCCUCUUUCCCCUCUCGGCAUCCCACAUGCCUCUCUCGAAGACGACACUUACAGAGGCUAUCACAUCCCUAAGCGGUCAGUCAUUUUUGCGAAUGCAUGGGCAAUGUCGCGAGAUGAACGAUAUUACUCCUCUCCGGAAAAAUUCAACCCGGAUCGAUAUGUUUCAAGUUUAGAAAGGGGCCCGGGGGAGCCUUUACCGGAAGGUCCAUUCGGGUUUGGGAGAAGGGUUUGCCCUGGUCAGCAUCUCGCCCUUGCUGGGGUUUACAUAGUUCUGGCAACAUUGCUGGCCACGAUGGACCUGAACUGCCCCGUAGAUGAUAAUGGGGUGGAAAUUCAACCACAUGUGACAUUCUCCAAUGGACUGAGUGGCGUUCCUGAUAGCUUCCAGUGUGUCAUCACCCCAACAUCCGAAAGGGCUCAAAAAUUGCUUCUGCAAUGA